CUCGCUGUCGGGCGCACCCACCCCAGAUGCCGCCUGGCACCAAGCGCAGCCGCCGCCGCCGCCGUACUUUCCACUUGUAUUGAUCACUCGUAGCUGGGCUCAGCCUGCUCCCGGAGCGCAGCGCGGCCAGAGCGCCAGCCCUUGGCAGCUCGGGCACAGUCGGGCUCCCAGAGGAAACUCCUUGGGAGCGCCCUGUCCGGGGUGUCCUCUGCGCUCUGCAGUGUCUUUCUGUCUGCCUGGAAGGAGGAGGAGGAGAAGGAGGAGGAGGAAGAGCAGAAGGAGGAGGAGGAGGUGGAGGAGGAGGACGUCGUCUGGUCCCGGUUGGGAGGUGGAGCAGUGGCAGCAGCAGCCGCCGAGGCAGCCGCCGCCGCCGCCUCCGGAAAGGGAGAGGCAGGAGAAAGAGAUCGGGACUUGGAAAACCUAAAGUGUCUUCGACCCUGCACGGCAGGCUUCCUUCCAGCUUCAUGGGCAAAGUGUGGAAACAACAGAUGUACCCUCAGUACGCCACCUAUUACUACCCCCAGUAUCUGCAAGCCAAGCAGUCUCUGGUCCCAGCGCACCCCAUGGCCCCUCCCAGUCCCAGCACCACCAGCAGUAAUAACAACAGUAGCAGCAGUAGCAACUCAGGAUGGGAUCAGCUGAGUAAGACGAACCUCUACAUCCGAGGCCUGCCCCCCAACACCACUGAUCAAGACCUGGUGAAGCUCUGUCAACCAUACGGGAAGAUUGUCUCCACGAAGGCGAUUUUGGAUAAGGCAACCAACAAGUGCAAAGGUUAUGGAUUUGUUGACUUUGACAGUCCUGCAGCAGCCCAGAAAGCUGUCUCCGCCCUGAAGGCGAGUGGAGUCCAGGCUCAGAUGGCAAAGCAACAGGAACAAGAUCCUACCAACCUGUACAUUUCUAACCUGCCACUGUCCAUGGAUGAACAAGAACUUGAAAAUAUGCUCAAACCCUUUGGACAAGUUAUUUCUACAAGGGUCCUGCGUGAUUCCAGUGGUACCAGCCGUGGUGUUGGCUUUGCCAGGAUGGAAUCAACGGAAAAAUGCGAAGCUGUAAUUGGUCAUUUUAAUGGAAAAUUCAUCAAGACCCCACCAGGAGUUUCUGCUCCUACAGAACCUUUACUGUGCAAGUUUGCGGAUGGAGGACAGAAGAAGAGACAGAACCCAAACAAGUACAUCCCUAAUGGGCGGCCAUGGCCCAGAGAAGGAGAGGCCGGAAUGACACUCACUUACGACCCGACUACAGCUGCUCUACACAACGGAUUUUAUCCUUCACCAUACAGUAUUGCCACAAACCGAAUGAUCACUCAAACUUCUCUUACACCCUAUAUUGCAUCUCCUGUAUCUGCCUACCAGGUGGCAAAGGAAACCAGAGAGAAAAAGUAUCGGGGCCCUGCUCUCAAGGUGCAGAGUCCUUCCUGGAUGCAGCCUCAACCAUACAUUCUGCAGCAUCCUGGUGCCGUGUUAACUCCCUCCAUGGAACACACCAUGUCACUACAACCUGCUUCUAUGAUCAGCCCUCUGGCCCAGCAGAUGAGUCACCUGUCACUAGGCAGCACCGGAACAUACAUGCCUGCAACGUCAGCCAUGCAAGGAGCCUACUUACCACAGUACACACACAUGCAGACUGCGACGGUUCCCGUUGAGAUGUACCGAAGGGAGUUCUUACAUGAAGAAGGGUGUGAAGGCUGAACAAUCAUGGAUUUUUCUGAUCAAUUGUGCUUUAGGAAAUUAUUGACAGUUUUGCACAGGUUCUUGAAAACGUUAUUUAUAAUGAAAUCAACUAAAACUAUUUUUGCUAUAAGUUCUAUAAGGUGCAUAAAACCCUUAAAUUCAUCUAGUAGCUGUUCCCCUGAACAGGUUUAUUUUAGUAAAAAACAAAAACAAAACGGAAAAAAAAAAGGAAAAAAAAAGUCAAAAGAUUUUUAUCAAAUAUAAUGAUGCAAAAAAAAAAAAAAGAAAAAAAAAAGAGAGAAAAAGAAAACUUCAAUUUUCUGGGUAUGCACAAAGACCACGAAGACUUAUCCAAGUGCAUGACCGGAUUUUUGCAGUUUUGUUCAUUUUGUGUUUAAUUUGUCCCCUUUUUUUUCAGCUGUAUGAAAUGGGCUUUCUGAAGUCUUCACUUGUCCAACUUUACCCAUGGUGUUCUGUGCUUGCAAGGGUUGCUGUAACUCAGUGUUGGCCUCACUGUCUUUACUUAGCCUUCCAUUUUCCUUUGGAUGUAGUGUGAAGUGUCUUAUCCUUUUCUAUGAAUUCCAAUUUGCCUUAAACUCUUUUGAUGCUGUAGCUGUUUCAGUAAAGUUAGUUCAACCUAAUGAUGUAGAAUGCUUUGACCAAAUGGGCUGGUCUAUUACGCCUUGUAAAGCAGCAGCAUAGGGCUUUUAAAAGGUAGUCAAUAAAAGUUGCUGAAAUUUUGGCUUUUUUAAAUAUGUAGUAGGUGUUUUUAAUGAUUUUUUUCACAUAAACGUGUAAGGUAGUGAAGUGCGAGGAGGGAAAACUGUUUUGUGUGAAACACAUUUUCCGACCGGGGGACUUUUAAUAGGGUAAAUUGUUUGUAAGGCUGUGCACUGACAGUUUCCUCUGAUAGUGUGACUGGUUUAAGAUAUCUGCUGUAUGAUGCAAUGUAAAGUCUUUUUUGCCUUUUUUUCAGGAAGAAAAAAAAACAGCUUAACGAUGUUCUAGAUUUAGUGUAGGUAGCUCUGGGGCUGGGGGGCGGGGGGGCGGGGGAGGGGAGUCACUGAAUGUUUUGUCCUUUAUACUAACGAUAGUGCUUUAGAAUGAGAAUCACACACUUGAGAUCUGGCAAACCGAGGGGGGAGGCGGGGGGAAUGUUGCUGUUGAAACUAAAUGGCAAAAGCUAAAAGCUAAGGAUUUCUCUUCAAACCUAAGCUGAGAUAAUGAACAGAAGCAAAAUGAUUGGCUACUAGCUCGCUCUCUCAGUCUCUCUCUCUCUCUCUCUCUCUCUCUCUCUCUCUCUCUCUCUGUCUCUCUAUCUCUCACUCUCUGUCUCUCUCUGUCUCUUCUCCUCCUCCUCCUCCCUCCUCCUCCUCCUUCUCCUCUCUCUCUCUCUCUCUCUCUCUCUCUCUCUCUCUCUCUCUCUCUCUCUCUCUCUCUCUCUCUCUCUCAUUCCCUAUUAGGUAAAUUUGAAAAUCUAAAAAUGACUUGGCACUUUUAAAAGGUAACUUCACCAAAGACCGACGAGCCAGUAGCCAGCAGCUCCACCUUGUCUCAGCGUCAUAUCUUGUCUGCCCUUUCUUUUUGCCGGACCAGUUUGCGGUUAGGAGAAUGUGCCUUUUUUGUAACUUUGCAUUAGGUUUUAUAAUUUUAACUGAUGUACGGACUCACAGAGACAAAUUAAAAACAAAAAAAAAAAACAAAACAAAACAAAAAAAGCACGAAGGAAGAUUUGAAUCCAGGCAGUGCCGCUCUCUGAUGUCAUCCACUACAGGCGUUCACGUGUAAAGAAAAACCAACUUUGAAACUAUGAAAUUCCUGAUUCAUAAAUACAGUUAUUUCUACUUUAGUACAUGCAAGAUAAUUCACUGUUAUUAACACUCUUUUAUUAAGGCAGUUGCAUACGUUUUAAAAGCAAUGGUAAAUUAAGUUGUCUUCCAAAACUGUGUACUUGUCUGGUCAGCUGUAUAUGAUCAGUUAUCUACCUCAGAGGCUAUUUUUCUUUUGUGCUGGGACAGGUUGCUGGCCCUCCCUGUUUCCACCGACCAAAUCCUCCCAGCUCUGGAGUUAGGGCUGGGCAUUUAUUUCUUUUGAGUGUUUUUUAGUUCUUAAAUUUUUAUUGCUUGUAUUUGAUGAUAGAUGUCAGUGACAUUUCAUAGUUUCAAAAGUCCUUGCUGCUCUGAAAGUGUAGAUUCUAGUGAAAAUUACAUAGUCAUAAGAGAAAUGUGGUUUUUUUGUUUUUGGUUUUUUUCUUGUUUCUUUUUUCCUUUUUUUCUUUUUUUCUUUUUCUUUUCUUUUUUUCUUUUUUUAAAGAAGUUGUGGUAUUAUUGGUUCUAUGCUCCCUCAAACAUUCUGCUUUGUGAAGUCCAGACUGAAGGCAGCACCCUCCAUGUACUGAGUAUGUUUGUCAGCCCGGGGCGCUCACUACUUGAUAUUUUUUCCAUUAGUUAAGACAGAAAGUUGUUAGCUCAGUCAGUGGGGGAGGGGAGAUCUGCUGCUAGGUCUGAACUAAGUGCCAUACUCGUCUGGGUCAGAUUUGGGAAACAACCUCUGUACAUAUGAAAGAAGAAAAAAAAGUCAGUUAAACAUCACAUAGUAGACAGCCAUUAAAUUAUAAAAAAAAUUAAUUUAUGAAGAAAGACCUUUUGUACAGAUUGAAAAAAAAGAUUUUCAUAGAGAUAUCUAUAUGAUCAAGAGAGUUAAUUUUUUAUUUUUGUUCUGGUAGUGCUACAUUCUUGCCAGUGGUGACUUAUUUACCGGUUCAAGAUGACUCUGUAGUUUUCUUUCCUAGGACUUGUUAAAACGCCAAAAGACAUUUCUGAACUGUACAUUUGAUCAGAUUGUUAGCUUUUUCUGUUUUAUUUCUUUUGAGAACCUUUGAAUAAAAACAUCUGAAACUUUC